CCACACCUCAAUGACCACCCACCACUCGCGAUGAACAUGCCACUUGGGCCAUCUCUGCCAGGCAUCCGCCAAAGCAUUUCAAGUUUGAGGCACCUGAGUUGCGUGGCGUUCAUGACUGCCUGGCCAAUUCGCCUCCUCCAUGUUAACUGAUCUGUGGCGCAUGUAGGAUUCGACCCUUCUCGCAUCUUCGACCUGGCCCUAUCAGCUACGUAAGCUACCUUUGAUAAUACGUGCCGCGUCCAAAAGAUGUUUGCCUAGCCGCGGGGUUGUCUAUAAGACCUGUCUUGGACGGGUGGCUUGAUCACCUUGACCCUUCCUCUCUCCCUCACCACUCCUCCUUCUCACAUACUAAAUCUAGCUAUUCGAGAUGCCUCCAAUCUAUCUCCUCAACCCUCCGCCCAAUCCCUUCUGGGACUUCGUGGCCGGUCUCGAAGAUCAUCCAUUCUUCGCCCAACAACGACGCCCGGUGCCAGAAACCCCACCACAACAGCCACCCCGACCAAAUCAACAGCCCGCACAGCCAACUGCUGGUUCUAGCGACAAAGGAAAGGCCAAGCAAGCUGAAGCAACUGCAACAGAAGAUCCUCCAGAGGUCGAUCCCUCCACAGUCCGCCCAGAGGGUUCAAGAAACGGUCCUUUCCGUGGCCGUGGACGCUUCGCUAGAGCCUUUGACAACGACAACGACGACACAAAUGAGAGCUCUGACAGACACGGCCCGCGAGGUCAUCAUGGCCCCGGAGGACGCCAUGGGCCCCCUCCCUCGGCCUUUGGACCUCCCCCAUUCAUGUUUGGACCUCCCUGGCUUCGAAAUCAUUACCCGGUGCCGGGUGACUUCCCACAAGGGCCGGCCCCUGGACCUGGGCCUCAUGGACCACCACCUCAGCGAGGCGGACCUUUUGGGGGCCGAGGAGGUCACUGUGGACGCGGCCGAGGCGGACCACAUCGUCACCACCACCAUCACCCUAGCCGCGACUCCCCUUCGCCUCCCCGCAACACCGGUGGAUUUGACCUGGCCACCUUCCUCAACAACCUCGGCGAACGCAUUGGUAUCGAUUUCAGUGGCACAAUUGAGGGUCUCGGCCUUGAGGUCGACCGUUUCAAGGCCGGUCGCACCGGAACAGAUGUUGAUUUCGAACCCCGCACCGAUAUCUUCGAAAGCCCGGCUGCAUACAUUAUCCACCUCUCUCUUCCAGGUGCCAAGAAAUCAGAUGUCGGUGUCGACUGGGACGGCGAACAUUCGGUCCUACGUAUCGGUGGUGUAGUUCACCGACCAGGCGUCGACGAGGAAUUGAUGCGCCAACUGACUGUCGACGGGCGAAAGCGCGAGACAGGCGUCUUCGAAAAGAACAUUCGCCUGGGAACGAAGAAAGACCCCGCCAGUAUUGAUGUCGCCGGCAUAUCAGCCAAGAUGUCAGACGGAGUUCUCAUCGUCCGAGUACCAAAGAUCGAGAAGCACUUUGAGAAGAAAGAGGUGCCCGUCGACGGUUCACCCGAUUCGCGCGCGGACAAGCCCGAGGAUGCAUACAUGAACGAAAAAGAUCUCCUCUUUGACGCUGACGACGACAAGGACGAAGACAUGUAUGACUCUGCCCCGGAGCCCGAACACAAAGCUGCUCCGGAAGUCCAAUCACCAGCCACUACACCCAAACAACAGGAAGCGGAAGAGAACCGCCAGCAGUCAAGAUCGCCAACCGUUGACUUUGAAAGCCCUCCAGAUCGACAACAGCCAGUCGCCGAGACACUUCCACCUUAUCAAGGAGAAGCAAGUCAGGUUCACGACGAUGAGAUGAGUGACUGGGAAAAGUCUGGAUCUGAUGAUGAGGGAGACUAUGUCAAGAUCAAUGUUGACUAGAUCAAACUUAACUCGACCUCCUUCCCCAUCAUAGUUGCUCGUCAUUGCAUCUCACGGAGUUCAGGUGUUCAUUAACCAACCAUCGAUAUAAUCCAUGACAGCUGAAGUAAACUCAGCAAAACUAUCCAUGAUAACUACGUAUCAUAACAUAACAUGACCUAACACAAAUAAGCCUGUAAUGGGUUGCAGUGCAAAAAACAAUACAAUACAAUCAUAAUUAAUUAUUUGAUUCCA